AUGGAAUCUGCUGAAGUUGUCAAAUGUGAAUAUACAGUUAGUGUAGGUCAAUAUUUCCUUGCACCAUAUGUGAAAGAUAAUAAUCUCCAUAGAGUGAAGGUGUUGAAGCUAUUAUUAGAAAAUAACUUAUUAGUUCAUUACAUUGAUUAUGGUAAUGAAGGUACUAUUCCUAUUUCUUCCUUACGACUGUUGCCAUCAUCUUUUGCUAGCAUUCCUUCACAAGCUAUUUUAUGUUUUUUAGAAGGAAUACCUCCUAAAGGAUUGGUUUUAGAUAUUUUUAAAGAUCUUGUAUGUACUAAAGAUGUUUUUGCUGUUAUUUCUCCUCCAGUUGAAGAACAGUAUCCAGUAAAAUUAUUUAUAAAAUCACUAAAUGAAAAUGAAACUUCAUUUGAAAUGGUUGACAUUACACAAUAUAUACUUAAUCAUAUGAAGAAUUCUUGUGUGUCAAAAGAUAUUCUGGUUUCUGACUCCACAUCUGAAAAUUCAAAAACAAUUGAAUCUGCAUGUCAAGAUGCUGAAAUCGAUAAGUUGAAGGAAUGUGAAUAUAUGUUGCUGUCAAAUAAUAGUUCUAAUGAUAUGUCAUCUAUUGAAAAUAGUUUUUUAAAAGAUAUAAAAUAUGAAAUGCUUGAAUUUGGUACUAAUUUUCAUAGAUAUUGGAAUCUUAGAGUGCCUGAACCUGAUAUUCCUGGAGAUAAUUCUAUAUUGAUAAUGUUAACCUCUAUUACUAGUCCUAGUGACUUUUUUGCCAACAUUUUAUCAAGUAGAAAUUACUUAUUAGAUACAUUAGAAGAAAGAAUGAAUAAAUUUUAUGAGACAUGUCAUAUGAAAUAUAUUAAUGAAGAUAAAUUAAUACAGCCAGGCAUAUUUUGCUGUUGUAAAGAUAAUGAAGGAAAGUGGAAUAGAGCAAAAAUCAUAAAAAUUCUUAAAACUGAAGAAAAUAAUGAGGUAGCAUAUUUUAUCUAA